GGGCCCUCGGCUCUCCAGCCGCGAGCAUCUUUCUCUCUCUCUCUCUCUCUCUCCCCGGCCGGUCCCCGUCCGUCCCUGGGCGCCCCGCGGCCAUGGGCGCGCUGCUGGCGCGCUACCUCCUCCUGAUGGGCUGGCUCCGCUGGCUCCCCGCCGGCGCCCAGCAGCAGCAGCAGCAGCACCCCGGGGAGUACUGCCACGGCUGGGUGGACUUGCAGGGCAACUACCACGAGGGCUUCCAGUGCCCCGAAGACUUCGACACGCUGGACGCCACCAUCUGCUGCGGCUCCUGCGCGCUCCGCUACUGCUGCGCGGCGGCCGACGCCAGGCUGGAGCAGGGCGGCUGCACCAACGACCGCGGCGAGCUCGAGCACCCGGGCGUCACGGCGCAGCCCGUCUACGUCCCCUUCCUCAUCGUCGGCUCCAUCUUCAUCGCUUUCAUCAUCCUGGGCUCCUUAGUGGCCAUCUACUGCUGCACCUGUUUGCGACCCAAGGAGCCCUCACAGCAGCCCAUCCGCUUCUCGCUCCGCAGCUAUCAGACAGAGACCUUGCCCAUGAUCUUGACUUCCGCCAGCCUCAGGGCUCCUUCCAGGCAAUCCAGCACGGCCACCAGCUCCAGUUCCACGGGUGGCUCUGUCCGGAGGUUCUCCUUUGCCAGGGCUGAGCCAGGGUGCCUGGCACCCUCCUCACCGCCACCUUACACCACCGGCCACACCAUCCACCUGACUCAGCCGUCCGGUUUCCUGGUAUCACCCCAAUAUUUCGCAUACCCCCUUCAGCAGGAGCCCCCGCUGCCUGGGAAGACCUGCCCAGACUUCAGUUCCAGCUGACCGACCGCGGCCGGCAGUGAGUCCAGCCGUGCCCCGAAGUGGCAGACACUGGGAAUCUUGCUACCUUGGCCACACUUCCGAGGAGAUUUCUCUGGUAGCCCAUUAUGGUCACAGAAGAAAAUGCUAGAAAGAUAAAGCACCUUCCGGGUUGGAGGUCCUCAGCUGUAGCCACAGAAGGGUGGGCUCUGCAAGUAUAAUGAAGAUGACGCUUCACCCGAGGAAACUUUUAUUCAAAAUGUGUGGCAGUUUGAUUUCCCAGUUACAGAUUGGCUGAAAAUAUUUUAUUGGACACUUCAGCUAAUACUGCUUUGAAAACAGCUGCAUGUUCCUUUUCAUGUGUUGACUGAAUUACAAACAAUGUACAUAAAUAGAGAAGGAAAUACACCUAAUUGUAAUUGUAAAUGUUCACUUAGAAUUAACUAUUAAGUCAAGUUAAGGGGGCAGCGAACCACCUAUUUAUAAUUUUGGGAGUAACAUGUGUAAUAUUAGUAUCAUGAAAACAUUUGCAUUUUAAAUUAAUGACUAAAUUUUGUUUAAAACAUUAGCUUUUCCUUUCAGAAUACAAGGGAUUCAGUAACCACAGGGGGAGUUUAAAGUUUUAAAUAUAUAUUUAGGCAUUCAUUAUAACAUAGAUUCUAUGUAAAAUCACUUCCUCUACCCGCCUGAGGGAAUAUUUAUUGUAGACUUUUUGUUCAGCGAUGUUUAGUGUUUAAGUGAAAGUUGGACAAUUAGGUCUUAAAACAUUUAUUUGUAAAAUGAGUUAUGUACAAAUGUAAAGAUUUGUAAUUUAAUGUAUCUGCCCCAUUGACAAUACUAAUUAUUUAGUAGUCACACUGUAUUUUUGUGUUAAUAAUAACUGUGGAAUUCAAAGCCCAGCUAUUGGUAUAAUCAUCUAAUAUUACUUAUUUCAAGUGCCGCUGAAUUCGAUGUCUGUCGAUUCCCUAUUUGGGCAUAUAUCCUGCUGGGGUAGAAAAAAAAUAAAAUUCUCUGUUUUGAGGUUUUAAA